UGACGCAUUACGUUGCCCCGCCCCACGUCAUUGACAGCCAAACGUUCACAUCCACAGCUCCGUGUUCCGUUUUAUGUAGGAAACGGCUUUCAGGGUGAGUGUAUUCACCUCGUGUGACCAGAGACAAGGAACUGGACUCGGGAUAAGAAGAGAAAUGGAAACCGGUGACACCAAGCUGGACCAGGCUGUCAAGCAGUGGCUGCAGUAUGACAAGAACCCAAAGACAGUGUCCAUGGUGCAGGAUCUGGUGAAGGACGGAGCAGUGGAGGCUCUGAAGAAAAGUUUCUCUUCCAGGAUGGAGUUUGGUACAGCAGGUCUGAGGGCAGCCAUGGGCCCCGGCAUAUCCUGUAUGAAUGACCUCACUAUCAUCCAGACCACACAGGGUUUCUGUCACUACCUGGAGGAGAGUUUUGAGACCCUUAAGGAACGAGGGGUGGUAAUUGGGUAUGACGCUCGGGCCCACCCUCCCAGCGGGGGCAGCAGCAAGAGAUUCGCCAGCCUGGCUGCAGCCGUAUUCAUCAGCCGAGGAGUGCCUGUCCACCUCUUCUCUGACAUCACGCCCACACCCUUUGUGCCUUUCACAGUUUCCCACCUUGGUCUGUGUGCUGGUAUCAUGGUGACUGCCUCUCACAACCCCAAACAGGACAAUGGGUACAAGGUGUACUGGGAGAACGGUGCCCAGAUUGUGUCCCCUCAUGACAAAGGUAUCGCCAAGGCCAUAGAGGAGAACCUGGAGCCUUGGCCUGAGUCCUGGAACACAGAGGAGGCCCUGAAGAGCCCCUUGCUCAAAGACCCGUAUCAGGACAUCCACACACAAUACUUCAAAGCCAUCCAGAAACACUGUCAUCACAGGGAGAUAAACAAGAGUUCAGAGGUGAAAAUCGUGCAUACAUCUGUGCAUGGUGUUGGCCACGCAUUUGUCCAGUCAGCUUUCAAGGCCUUUGACCUUCACCCUCCUCUUGCUGUAGAGGAGCAGAAAGAUCCAGACCCUGAAUUCCCCACCGUUAAAUAUCCCAAUCCUGAGGAGGGAGAGGGAGUCCUGACACUGUCGUUUGCCCUUGCAGAGAGGGAGGGGGCCACUGCGGUGUUGGCGAACGACCCAGAUGCUGAUCGACUGGCCAUCGCUGAGAAACAGGAGAGUGGACAGUGGCGAGUGUUCAGUGGUAAUGAGCUGGGAGCGUUGCUGGGCUGGUGGAUGUUACGCUGCUGGAAACAGCAGAACUAUGACGCUGCUGCUGUGAAAAACCUCUACAUGCUGUCAAGCACCGUCUCUUCCAAGAUACUGCGCGCCAUUGCCCUCAAGGAAGGCUUCCACUUUGAGGAAACACUGACAGGGUUCAAGUGGAUGGGGAACAGAGCCAGAGACCUGUUGGACCAGGGCAAGACUGUUCUGUUUGCGUUUGAGGAGGCCAUAGGGUAUAUGUGUAGUCCCUCUGUAUUGGACAAGGACGGGGUGAGCGCUGCAGCCAUAGCAGGAGAGAUGAUUUCUUAUCUGGCCACUAAAAAAACAAGCCUUUCUCAGCAACUCACUACCAUCUUUGAAGAGUAUGGCUACCACAUCAGUAAGAACUCUUACUUCAUCUGCCAUGACCAGGAUGUGAUCCGCAGUCUCUUUGAGCGCCUGCGUAACUACAGUGGUGAGAAGGACUCAUACCCAACCAAAUGUGGGCGAUUCUCCAUCUCUGCUGUACGAGAUUUGACCACCGGCUACGACAGCAACCAACCUGAUAAAAAGGCUGUUCUUCCCACCUCCAGUUCCAGUCAGAUGAUCACGUUUAGCUUCUCUAACGGGGGCGUGGCCACUAUGAGGACCAGCGGCACCGAGCCAAAAAUCAAAUACUACACUGAACUCUGUGCUGCCCCUGGUAACAGUGAUGUGACGCACCUGAAGAAGGAACUGGAUGACUUGGUCGAUGCCAUCAUUGAAAACUUCUUUGAGCCAAAGAAGAAUAAGCUGCAGCGGAAGCCGGAGUAGAACUGAUCAUACAAUCACAAACAGGACCAGUUGUGACUUAUAUCUCUGACCAACAUUUCAUAUAAUGUCUUAAUUACAUCAUAAGGGAUUCUGCAUUUAACUCAGGCUUCUCUUUGGUUUACAAUGACUUUUCUUAAUACUUUAGCGAAUUCCAGUCUUUAUUUUGAUAAUCUGCAGGUUUUAUUGAAACAUUUAACCUCUACUCUGAGUUAGUUAAACCAUCUGUUUGGGAGCUUUAAUUUUGGGUCCAGUGCCAGUUUAACAUCCAGCAGUCACAACACAUCACAUCUUCAUGUUUUGGAUUCAGUUUAUCUCAAUGCUGGAGAUCUUAACACCACAACAGUGAAAUGUUCACCACUCUGCCGCCAUAGUCAUUCCUGCUUCCUUAGAAUAGCGAUAGACACACAGAUUGCUGUAUCUGUAUUUAACAGUUAUGCAUUUCUCACUAACUGUGCUUCAGCAUCAGCUGCAAGGCUGCUAAUAUGAAGAGCUGAGAGAGUAUGAAGAGUACAUGAAAACUGAUACUGUAACUUUAAACUAAUGUAUGUUGUAGACUCCUGUUAAACUUUGAAUAUGCAAUAUCUCAGUUAAUAGUGAGGUAUAACACUGAAAGUGACAGUAGAAUUCCAUAGAAGUUUAAUUUAAUACCUGAUGUGAAAAAGCUGUAAUUUUGGAGUUUGUAAAAAGACCAAGCCUACAAGCUCACAGCACCACCAAGUGGAGAAAUUGUACAAAAAUCUUUCAAAUGCACCCAUUGCUCAUUCUUUGAAAUGAAUAGUUAAAACUUAAAGGGACUCUUCACACCAUUGUGUAAUAUACAACUAAGACCCGUUAUUUAAGUGAUCAUGAAUGCCAGUUCCAGAAAUGGGUAACUAGCACCUACCAUUUCCUGAUGUGCCUCUUUCUCAAAGAUACUGUGCUGCAAAUAUACAUUUCCUCAAUAAAUGACGGUUUCUAACAGUG